AAAAACAUUUUGUUAAAUAUCUGACCCUACCGAGUUAAUAAAAGUUAAUAAAAGACAAAUACAUUCUACUGAUGUGCCUUAAUCUUUUGAAAAACUAGCACAGUAUGUUAUUGGAAAGCAAACUUCGUGUCACCACUGAACUGCAAUCGGCUGCCUGCACUUUGGUCUAAAAGAUUUUCUUCCAGGAUUAUUUAGCUCCAUUCAUCCCCACAUAAACUCUGAUAAUCUUUCCUGUAUCUGCUGAUCCCCACAGCAUAAUGCUGCCACCACCAUGUUUCACACUGGAGAUGGUUUGUUCAGCUAUGCAGUUUUCGGCUACACAUAAUGUUGCCCAAAGGUGUUAACUUUCCUCUCUUCUGGCCAGAGAAACUACUUACAGAUAUUUGGUGUGUGUCCUUCAUUGCUAAGUUGUAAAUUGGACUUCUUAUGGUGAUCUGUCAACAACAGCUUUCUUCUUGCCAGAUUUGUGGAUUUACUGGUAAGUGGUUGUCAUGUAGACAGAUUGACCUCCCUGCAUUGUGGAUUUCCGAAGCUCCUCCAAAGUUACUAUGGACUUCUUGCAUGAUUCUCUGAUUGAUGCUCACACGGACAGCCAGGUCUUGGCAGGUUUGCUGCUCUGACAUACUCUUUCCAUGUUUGAUGAAGAACUGUGCUUCAUAAUAUGUUCAAAAAUAUGGAUCUUGUUUAAUAACUUUGCCCUCCUUUAAGAUUCCUCACAACUUUUACCUGACCUGUCCUCUCAGUUCCUUGCUCUUCUUUCUCUGAAGUUCUUAAAUAAGGACUUUAAAUAAAAGGAUGGAUGCAAACUGGCUAUUGACGCUAAUCUAAAAACGUUUGGUCAUUUCUUGACCAUAGAAGUCAAGCCAAUGCCCAAAGACGUCCAGCAUCCAUUGUCUAUUUUUAACCAAGCAUUAUAUCCCUUUCUUAAUUCACUGCCAUUUAGCACACUUUCUUACACCAUUAUUCCCUAAUAAGCAGCAUUCACAGUUACUACUUUUAACAGAUUUGGUAAAACCUUUUCCAGUGUUUAAUGUCAGAGGUUAGCAUUUCUAGAUGCACAAUACUGCGUACUUUACACUAGUGUUUCAUAAUGUAUUAAUGGGUCUUAUUACAGUUCCAUAUGAAUUGUCCAUGGAUCCCCAUAAGUAAAUAUGAACAGAAGAAUACUCUGGAAUAUUCACCCAAAGCAAAUUGAUCUAAGAAUCUUAAAGUUUUCAGGCUAUGUGAAUUCCCGCCUUUCAUGGAACUCUAUGAAUCGCUGGUUUAUCUCUUUAAGGGAACUAGGGUGUGGCACAAGAAUAUUUUGAUCAUCUGACUCUGUGUGAAAGCUGUGGACAGAUGUAAAAAAUCUCCCCUCCCACUUUUUAUUUCUAGCUGUGCGGUUAAUCUUCCAGCAAAUGUUACUGGUCAUUCCUGAUGACUAACAUUCCCAGUCUAUCCACUAAUCCAACGUUGGCGGAGCUGACCUUUCUGUCAACAGCUUAUGACCAGUCAGAACUGUCCCCCCCUUCAGGCAGUUUGACCCUUUGCCUUUUCCUGUGUGAGGGAGGACACAGCAUAUUUCCCAACAUUAUGUUGGCUAAUUGGACGUUUUGCUUGCGUUGGCCUUGACAUUUCUGUUCUGUUGGCUUUCUGUUGUAUCCUGAGAGGCACAAAUUCCUCUCAGGAUACAACAUGACAAGCAGCACGAUGUGUUUAUGAGAAUAUAGACACAACAGUGGAUGCGACUCGUAGAUUUAGGCCAGCGCCCUUCGUCCUAUAUAGACCAACAUAUAAGAAGCGUUGCCACACACAGUGAGCCCCUCUGCACAGUUAACAUGUCCAUUUCUUCUGCUCUACUUUGUAUGUAGGUCAUCUGUAGCGGAGGAGAGAUGCAGCAGAGUGACAGUUCUACACAGUAGGUUUUAGCUAUGCAAUCAUUUGCUACUUUGCAUUUCUACCCCCUCUUAUCAGACACAGCACUUAAAAUAAUCUCUCAAAUAGCAGAAUUACAACAAAACAUACGAUCUUGUGUGUUGGAACGUAAUUCAGAUGUUUUAAUGAUAAAACAGACAAUAUUCUAAAUGUUAUGAAUCUCAACCCGAGGAUUACCAUAAAAAAAACUUGUGAACGGUUUAAAAUACAAAUAAAAAUCUGUAUUGAGAUUUGAGAACCUGCCUUCAUAAUUUGUUUAGUAAUUUUGCAUUAUGUUUGAAUAAAUGUUAAGAAAAUGUGAUAAUUCAUAUGUGUUGAUUAAAAUAGCUAAAAAAGGUUUUACCAAUAAUUCUUUCUGGAAAAUCAAGUUAACUGAACGGAAUGUUUUUAUAUUUUAUAACUAACACUUCAUUGACUAAAGCAUUCAGUGGGGUGAUACAUUCUCAAGAGUAAAUUAAGCCACAUUUAAAUAAAUUUUGAGGUGAUUUUGUUUGCUUUUCUGACUUAUGCAUUCUAUUUAAAGAGCACCAUUGUAGUUCCGGAAAAACAUAUUUUAUUUUAUACAUAAAUGUGAACAUAAAUUUUAGUGUUCAUUUUCUAUUAUUUUCUAUUGCAACACCAGUAUUCCCUUCCAAAGUGAACUUGCCACUCACAAUAUGGCGGAUGCGAUGACGAACAGUUUCUACUGAUCCGGCCUCUUCUGCUGAGUCAUCAUCAGCUCAGCAGCGGUUUGUUGUACUUUUCCUUUCAAAGAAACCCUUCAUACCAUAUCGUCUGCUGGAAAAAUCUGAAAUAAAGUCAACAGAUGCGUCAAAUGUCUGCCGAGGCUCCUCUCAGAUUAUCAACCACCCGAAACAGAAGAAAUGCUGCAUCAUCUUCAGUGCAAAAAGCCAUCAAACCCAUCUACUGCAGAUACACAGGGCCACGUUUCAGUCUGCCUCGAUCAUGACACCCAGUGGUACUGGAGAAGGACUUUGGGCCUGCAGGUUCGCUAUGCAGACUGUGGAGGUUAUCGCUUCUGCUAUUCCUACAGAGGAAAAUCUGGGAUGAGACCCUCCAUCCUGAUGCUUCACGGCUUCUCUGCUCACAAAGACAUGUGGCUGACUGUUGUCAAGUAUUUACCAAAGCACCUGCACAUUGUGUGCGUGGACAUGCCUGGCCACGAGGGGACGACACGCACCAACACUGAGGAUUACUCCGUUCAGGGGCAGGUCAGAAGGAUCCAUCAGUUUGUAGGAAGCAUUCACUUAAACAGAAAAGCGUUCCAUCUGGUGGGAACCUCCAUGGGGGGAAAUGUUGCUGGGGUUUAUGCAGCCUGCUAUCCCUCGGAAAUCUGCAGCAUGACUCUCAUCUGUCCCGAUGGAAUCAGACAUCCAUGUGAGACCAAAUUUGACAAUCACCUACAAGAUCUGGAACACAGCAACUUCACACUGAACAUCCCGCUGAUCCCAACUACACCAGACGAGAUGGAGGACAUGUUCAGACUCUGUUCUCAUGUUCGCUUUAAAAUUCCUCAGCAGAUUCUUCAGGGACUGGUUGAUGUGCGAGAACCUCACAACGCGUUUUAUGAAGAAGUGUUUAUGGAGAUCAUCGGUGAGAAAUCAAGAUAUGCCUUACAGGAGCAUUUGCAUCUCAUAACCUCACCUUUACAAGUGAUUUGGGGCAAACAAGAUCAGGUGGUGGAUGUCUCUGGAGCUACAGUCAUUGCUGAAUUGGUGCCUGGAUGCAAAGUGGACUUGCUGGACAACUGUGGUCACUCUGUGGUGAUGGAGAAGCCGUGUCGGACAGCCAAACUUAUUCUGGAGUUUAUUAUCCUGCAGCAAAAUGCCGGGAGUGGGACAAAGAAGUCUUCCUGAAUAUUUAAGGUUUCCAUUACUGUCUCACAGUUUUAUAAAGACUUAAACAUGUGGCCCAAAAGGCAAGAAUUACAAUGUAAAGAUGUUUAUUGUUUUAAGGAACGGCAUUUUAUAAAUUACUUAAACUCAAUGACAAUAGGUUUUGGAUAUUGCUAAGCUUUGCUGAUGUGCCCGGAUGUUUCUGGCAAAAUUUACCCUAACUUUCAAAGAAUAUGUUUCCUGCUCACAAAUGGGGGGAAAAAAAUCCCUCACUUUAAAGAAUAUCAAAACUGAUAUUUUAAAUUUUUUAAAUGUAAGUUUGCUUUUUGAUCAUGUUUUUCAUAUUACUACUGAUAAACUGACAUAUGUGUAUAAUAGCACAUCCUAUUUCACUCUCCCCUAUUUCAGUUAAACUGUUUUGUGAAGAGAUUUAAGCUUGAUAUCCACUAUUCUUGUACAUUCUGUGAAUAAAG